UAAACGAAAUAUUCCAUAUUCUUCAUUUUACUUUAAAUGCGCAAGUAUUUAAAUAAUAUAUAUUAUGAAUGAUACUUUGGAUUAUUUUGCCGAAACUCAAAUAGAGAACUUCGUUACAGAGAAUUUAUUGAAAACACAACGAAACCAAGACAUUGAAGGAAGUUCCCGGGAAUUACAAAGCAGUAUAUCAUUUGACGAUUCCCUAUUUUUACAAGACUACAAUUCCCAAGUAUUAUCUGCCAUUAAAUACGGUGAUAAUUUACCAAUUGAAAAUAGUAAUGAAGAUAAUUCGAAACAAAAUGAAAAUGAUGUUUUUCGAAAUGCCACAUUGGAUCAGAAGAAGUUUGAGGAACUAUCAUCUAACAACACAACUGAAAAUAAUAUAACUGUAGACAAUGAAAAUCAAUCUCUGAAAAAUGUCUUUUUUCUUACACAUAAUAUAAAUCAAGAAAGUAAAAUACAUAAUGGUCAUUAUUCAGAACUAGAAUUAUCAGAUCCUUCAAAAAAGAUAAAUGAUAAUUCCGAUAAUUUUAUUUCACCAGGGCUGAACAAUAAAGCAGUGGAAGAAAAACUUAUAAAUACUCAAUUUAAUGGGAAUGCAAUAUCACAAAAACCAUUUGAAGUUCCAGAAACUCCUCUUGAAAUUUUUGAAGUGGAAGAAACAGAACAUUGUAGUAAGGAUAUUAUUAAAAAUGAUAAGCUAACAGUUGAUAUUGAUUCUAGAGACAGUCAGUUGUUGUCAUCUUGGGGUUUACCCGAAUCAGUAUUGAAGAGCUAUCGAAAACGAAAAAUUACAUUAAUGUUUGAUUGGCAAUUAGAAUGUCUAAGUAAAGAUGGUAUAUUUGAUAAAGAUAAAAAUCUUGUUUAUUCAGCUCCUACCUCAGCUGGCAAGACCUUGGUAGCUGAAAUAUUGGCAAUGAAAUGUCUUUUUGAACGAAAAAAAAAAGUUUUAUUUAUUCUUCCUUUUAUAUCAGUUGUUAGAGAGAAAGUAUACUAUUUUCAAGACCUUUUGGGUUCAUCAGGCAAAAGGGUAGAAGGAUUCAUGGGUUCUUAUAAUCCACCAGGAGGUUUUCAAUCUGUUCAUUUAGCUGUUGGUACGAUAGAAAAAUGCAACAGUUUAGUGAAUCGGUUGAUGGAAGAAAACAAAUUGGAAGACAUAGGAUUGGUGAUUAUUGAUGAAAUGCAUUUAAUUGGUGACCCUCAUAGGGGUUAUCUGUUGGAAUUAUUAUUGACUAAAUUGAAAUAUGUGAUGGCUAAAAAUACAAAUGUACAAAUUCAGAUAGUUGGAAUGAGUGCCACACUACCAAAUCUAGAUUUAUUAGCCAAUUGGCUAAAUGCAGAAUUAUACACUACAAACUUCCGACCAAUUCCACUUCAUGAGAUGGUUUAUGUCAAUAAGGAGCUAUAUAAUAAUGAAUUCAAACUUUUGAGAAAGCUAUCAACUUUUCCUGAUCUAGUCACAGAUACAGAUGAUAUAUUACAGCUAUGUCUUGAGACAAUCAAGAUUUCAUCUUCAGUCUUGAUAUUUUGUCCUACAAAAAAUUGGUGUGAAAAUCUAGCACAACAAACUGCAAUGGCUUUCUGGAGAAUUGGAAAGUCAGAUUCAGAAUUAAGUAAAAUAUUACAUGAAAACCUGAGCAUAGAUAAAAUAUCUGAAAUUCUAGAACAACUAAAAUAUUGUCCAUCAGGUUUGGAUAGGAUAUUAAAAAACACUGUUGCUUUUGGAGUAGCUUUUCAUCAUGCAGGUCUGACAAUGGAAGAAAGGGAUAUCAUAGAGGGUGGAUUCAGAAAUGGUGGCAUAAAGUUGUUGAUUGCAACUUCAACUCUUUCUUCUGGUGUUAAUUUACCUGCUAGAAGAGUUAUCAUUCGAUCUCCCAUAUUCAAUGGACGUCCUAUUGAUAUUUUAACAUAUCGUCAAAUGAUUGGACGUGCGGGUAGGAUGGGUAUAGAUACAGAAGGUCAAAGUAUCCUGAUCUGUCAAAAAUCAGAUUAUAAUACAGCGAAAUUUCUAACUCAGUCUUCUUUAAAACCUGUCUCUAGUUGCUUGAAAGAUGUUAGUAAAUUUAAGAGAGCUAUUCUAGAAAUAAUAGCUAGUGGUGUUGCCUCAUCUCCAGAAGAUUUAGAGGUUUUCUCUAAAUCCACACUGAUUUCAAUACAAGAAGAUGAAACUUCAGAAAAAUUAAGUCCAGUAUCGCAAGUGGUUGAAUUUUUGAAAAACUUCAAUUUUAUCAGAUUACAGAAAACUGAAGAUGGCUUGAAUAGGUAUAUGCCAACAGCUUUAGGUAAAGCAUGCUUAUCAUCUUCUUUACCUCCAGGAGAAGGUUUGGAAUUAUUUACAGAACUAGAAAAAGCAAGACAGUGCUUUGUGUUAGAAACAGAGUUGCAUCUUAUUUAUUUAGUGACACCUUAUAGUUCAUGUUACCAAUGGCCAAGAAUAGACUGGAUGCUUUAUUUGGAAUUUUGGGAAAAGUUGCCACUGAGUAUGAAAAAAGUUGGUGAACUAGUUGGUGUUCGAGAAUCAUUUAUAAUAAAUGCAACGAGAGGUUCAGUCCAAGAAUCUCCAAAGCUAUUAAUCCACAAGAGAUUUUUUAUAGCUUUGGCUUUGCAGGACUUGGUAAAUGAAAAACCUUUAGAUGAAGUAGCUACAAAAUUCACUUGCAACAGAGGUCUACUUCAGUCUCUACAGCAAUCUGCUUCUACAUUUGCUGGAAUGGUCACAUCUUUCAGCCGACAAUUAGGAUGGUCUAGUGUAGAAAUUCUUAUCUCACAAUUUCAAGAUCGGCUCCAGUUUGGGGUGAGCAGGGAUUUGUUAGAUUUAAUGAAGUUGCCUUGCUUGAAUAGCAAACAAGCAAGAACUUUCUAUGAUGCUGGAAUUGAGAAUUUAAUUCAACUUGCUAAUUCAGAUGUUUAUACUAUAGAAAAUAUUUUACAUAAAGUAAUGCCUUUUGAAAAUGCUCAAGAAAGAGAAGGUGAAAAUGAAUAUGAUUUCAAAGAAAGAAAUAGACUAAGAACUAUUUGGAUAACUGGAAAGCAGGGUUUGACUGAAAGAGAUGCUGCAAAUUUAAUUUUGAAUGAUGCCAGGAAAUAUCUCGAGCAUGAAAUGGGUGUUAAAAACAUAAAAUGGGGUACAGAAAAGGACGAAGAAAAUUCAGAACAGGAAACAAAUACUUUAGGUCAAACUAUAGAUGAAAAAGAAGAGCCAAGUAUAAACAAUGAAUCCGCAAUACAAAUGAGAAAACAUGACAAUCCAGUGAAUCAAAUAACAACUAAUAGUAAACCAGUAAAGGAUGUGUCAAAUAAUCAUAAGCAGAUUAAUAUUCAAUCAAUAUUACCUCAAAUUAAUAAAGUACAUAUAAUAAAUGACUCUAGACCAAAAGAACCAUUACCCAAAAAUGAGAAUAUAUGUUUCGAUAGUGGUAUAUCCUUACCAUCAGAAACACCAAGAAGUAAUGGAUCUAGUUUGAAUUCCAGUUCAAACGAUGAUUUAUUCGAAGAAAGUUUAGAGGAAACAAUUGAAAAAGUAUCCUCAUUAUCUGUUGAUAGCAGAAAAAGAGUUCAUAAAUCAAAAAUGGCCCCAAUUUCAAAAAAAGUAAAAGUUGAUACAGAUCAGAAUAUUCCUAUACAAUCUCAAGAUUCAUCUUUUGAUUUCAGAGAUAAAAAGGAUUUGUCAUCUGAACCUAUUGAUUUAUCGAAGUUUUUUAUUAUUGAUGUAUGUAAACAUCAUAAACUAUACCAAAGCUUCUGUAUGGAAUUGAGAAACCAAAAAAAAAUUUGUUUAUCUUUAGCUUGUAGAAAUAUAGAAGAUGGUACACCAAAAAUAGGACUGAAUGUAGAAAAAAUUGCUAGAAAUAAUUAUAAAUAUAUUUUUGAAAAUAGGAAAGUAGAUGGAGUAGCAAUCACGUGGGAUGGAAAACACGUUUUUUAUUUAUUUAUGGACGAUAAUGGCUGUGAAGAAAAAUUCAAUAUACUCAAAAAUUAUCUACAAAUUAAAGAAAAUUGUGUUGAAUUCUUUAAUAGUAAAGAAUGUAUUUUAAUGUUAAAUAAAGCUAUUGGCCUUGAUGUGUGCACAAAAAUAGAAGAUCCUAAAGUACUGGACUGGCUACUUGAACCAGAUGGUAGAGAAAAGGAUUUCCAUUCAAUGAUGAACAAAUAUUGCCUUGAAGCUAAAGGCCUUUCAACACUAAUGGAAACUUGUAGAGGUCAUCAAAGUUUGGGUAUGAAUGUAGAAAAUUCGAUAGAGCCAAGAAUGAGAGCAUCAGUUGAAGCUGUAGUAACUUGGAAUUUGAUGGCUGUCAUGAAAGAAAUACUUGCGGAGUAUCCCAAUAAUGUUAUUGAAACAUUUGAAUUAGAAAUGGAUGUAAUAUUGAUUACUUCAAAAAUGGAAAUAUCAGGUAUAGGAAUUGAUAUAUCUGCCUUGGAAUCUCUUAUGUCUUCUAUUAAGUCAAGUUCUAAAGCCAUAGAACAGAAAAUUUUUAGUAUAGCUGGUAGGAAAUUUUCACUCACUUCUAGUAAAGAAAUAGCAAAAGCUAUAGGAUUAAGAACAUCUAAAAGAACAAGUACAAAUAAACAAAUCCUAGAAGAAAGUAAUCAUCCUAUAUCUAAUCUCAUAAUUAUUUGGAGAAAAUUAUCUUGCACGUUGAGCAAGAUGUUACAACCGUUGUUAGGUAUGAUAAAGAAUAAUAGAGUGCAUGGAAGAUAUAUAUCUCAUACUUCAACUGGUAGAAUAUCCAUGCAUGAACCCAAUAUUCAGAAUGUAGCUAAAGACUUCGAUUUUGAAAAUACAAUUAGCAAGGAGAUAGUUUCUAUAAGCUGCAGAAGCAUCUUUAUCCCCAAAAAAGACAAUAUCUUCAUAUCAGCUGAUUAUUGUCAACUAGAAUUGAGAAUGUUGACUCAUUUGUCUGGUGAUGAACUUUUACGUAAUAUAUUAAAUAAGGAUGGGGAUAUUUUUAAGAGCAUAGCUGCAAAGUGGAACAAAAUUUCUGAAAAACAGGUGACAGAAAUUAUAAGAAAUCAAACAAAACAAAUUUGUUAUGGAAUCAUUUAUGGCAUAGGAAGUAAAGCAUUAUCUCAACAACUGAAAAUUGGUGUUGAAGAGGCUUCAACCUUUAUGGAAAAUUUUAAAAAUACUUAUCCUGGUCUGAAAAAAUAUAUACAGAAUGUUAUAGAUCACUGCAGGGAAAAAGGUUUUGUUGAAACUAUAUCUGGCAGAAGGAGAAAUCUAUCACUAAUCGGGGAUGAAAAUCCAGCAAUAAGAAGUCAUGCAGAAAGACAGGCAGUAAAUACAACUAUCCAAGGAUCAGCUGCGGAUCUUGUAAAAAAUGCAAUGAAGAGGAUUGAGGAUAGUUUUAAUGACAAUUUUGAGUCAAAAGAAAAACCAACUCUAGUUCUACAUUUGCAUGAUGAACUUCUAUUUGAAGUCAAUAGGAAAUAUCUUUCCAAAACCGCACAUUUAUUAAAAAAAUGUAUGGAAUCAGUUAGCCUUUCUGUUCCUUUUCCAGUGAAGCUCAAGAUUGGCGAGUCCUGGGGCACUUUGAGGGAACAAUGUGAUAUUUAUUGAAUUAUUAUAUUUUAUCAAAAGAAGAACUUAUCAAAUUUUUAGGUAAUAAUUUCCCAUUGUUUUUUAUACUUGAUAUACAUUAAUGUCCUGAAUAUAUUUUAUUAAAAAGC